AUGGCGACAGCAGAAGAAGAUUCCCUUGGAAUUCGCGUCCGGGGGAUGCAAUUCUCCUACGACGUGCAACAACCGCCUCUCUUUCUCGACUUCGACCUCAACGUUGCGCCCGGAUCGCGGUGUCUCCUCGUCGGUGCCAACGGAUCUGGUAAGACGACGUUGCUGAAGAUUCUGGCGGGGAAGCAUAUGGUUGGAGGAAGAGACGUCGUGCGCGUGUUGAAUGGUUCCGCUUUUCACGAUACUCAACUCGUUUGUAGUGGAGAUCUCGCUUAUUUGGGCGGAUCCUGGAGCAAAAACGUUGGCUCCGCUGGGGAAAUUCCGCUUCAAGGAGACUUCUCUGCUGAACAUAUGAUCUUUGGAGUUGAGGGUGCUGAUCCUGAUAGGAGAGACAAGUUAAUUGAGCUGCUUGAUAUCGAUCUGCAGUGGCGAAUGCAUAAGGUAUCUGAUGGGCAGCGGCGUCGAGUGCAAAUCUGUCUUGGUCUUCUUUAUCCAUAUAAGGUUCUCUUACUUGAUGAGGUCACUGUUGAUCUGGAUGUUGUUACUCGGAUGGAUUUAUUGGACUUCUUUAGGGAAGAAUGUGAACAGAGAGAAGCUACAAUCGUAUAUGCAACUCAUAUUUUUGAUGGACUAGAGACAUGGGCAACUCAUCUGGCAUACAUACAAGAUGGUGAACUGAGAAGAGCAGAAAAAUUAUCAGAUGUCGAUGAGUUGAAAUCCUCAACUAAUCUGCUGUCUGUUGUUGAGGCUUGGCUCCGUGCUGAAACAAAGGUUGUAAAGAAGAACCCUGUCCAACAGACAUUUGCUAGUUCUCCAUUCUUUUCAUCCAGGCACAUGGCGUACUAUCGAUAG